AUGGUCGCAGAUUUCGUUUCAGCAGAUUAUGGCUGGUUGCGGUCUCGUGAUGGGAAUCAAUCUGCCCGUGUGCUCUUUAGGGCGGGAAAGGGGAGGGAUGGGUACUUCACCAAUGAUGAAAUUCUUCAACAUGCCGAGAAAGCAAUGACAAUUCUGGAGAAAGAUUACCCAGAAGAUGACCACGUUUUUGUGUUUGACAAUGCAACGACACACCUUAAAAGGGCUGAUGAUGCAUUAAGUGCUCGAAACAUGCCCAAGACUUGCAAGAACUGGGGGGUCAGUGCUCCGGUGAGGGAUGCCACAGGAAAACAAACCCAUGGUGGAGAUGGGAAGAUUUUGAUGCAAAAGGUUUGUAUCGCUAAUGGUGUUUUUAAUGGUGCCCCUCAGGAGUUCUAUUUUCCUGAGGGUCACACAAACACUGGGUUGUUCAAGGGAAUGGCCAAAAUUCUAGAGGAGCGUGGUUUCGAUGUCAGCAAAAAGAAGGCUCAGUGCAAGGAUUUCAACUGUCCUCGUGGUUCCACUUCUUGUUGUUGUCGCCGAAUUCUCUAUAACCAGCCAGAUUUUGUUAAUGUCGAGUCAAACUUGGAGAGGGUGUGCAGGUUAAAGGGCUUCAAGGUGCUCUUCCUUCCAAAAUUUCAUUGUGAGCUCAGCUUUAUUGAACAAUGCUGGGGGUUUGCCAUCAGAUCACGCCGUUUCAUGGAUGCUUAUUAUAAAGGACUUAAUGGCAAACAAGCUGCCUGGGCUGCAAAGCAAUACCGAGGCCAUCGUGUACUCCCUUCAGCAAUAAUGUCAGAAUUCGAGAGUGCACACUUAAAUUAA